GGUUUCGAGAGAGAGAAAAAUAAAUCUAUCGCUGCGUGCGGAGCUUUUAUUUUGAAGGCGCGUUGACUGUGUCCCGCGCGAGAUCACGGCGUCUGCGUUCACGCGCACGGUUUUGAGCGCUAGUCAGAGAGGCGCGCGAGGAUUUCAGAGGCGGUGCCGCUGCCGUGAGGACGCAGAAUGCAGACCAUUAAGUGUGUUGUGGUGGGCGACGGGGCGGUGGGCAAGACGUGCCUCCUCAUCUCCUACACCACCAACGCCUUUCCCGAGGAGUACAUCCCCACCGUCUUCGACAACUACAGCGCUCAGAUGAGCGUGGACGGCCGUACGGUCAGCCUCAACCUGUGGGACACGGCGGGGCAGGAGGAGUACGACCGUCUGCGCACGCUCUCCUACCCGCAGACCAACAUCUUCAUCAUCUGCUUCUCCAUCGGCAGCCCCUCGUCCUUCGCUAACGUGCGGCACAAGUGGCACCCGGAGGUGACCCACCACUGCCCCAGCGCUCCCAUCCUGCUGGUGGGCACCAAGAGGGACCUGCGCUCGGACGCGGAGACGCUGAAGAAGCUGAAGGAGCAGGGCCUGGCGCCCACCUCUCAGCAGCAGGGCGGCGCUCUGUCCAAGCAGAUCGGUGCGGUCAAGUACAUGGAGUGCUCCGCGCUGCUGCAGGAGGGCGUGAGGGAGGUGUUCGUGGAGGCCGUGCGCGCCGUGCUCUACCCCGUUACCAAAAAAAACGGCAAGAAAUGUGUGCUCUUAUAGUCGGCCGUGACGGAGAUGAACUCGUGAACAAGCUGCACAGGGCCGUUCUCACGCUCUCGCUCUUUCUGAUUUGGUUUCGCUGACUUCUUCGUGUCUCAUUGUCUUGUAAAUCAGUCUGUUGACGUUGCUUGCCUGUUUUGUUUUUGUUGAUUAAUAACAGUUUGUUGCCAGUAGAAGUGCGAUGAUAAAUCAAUCCGAUUCUGCGAUUUUCCGAAUGCAUCGCGAUAUUCUCUUGAACUGAUUCUGAUUGUUAGUUUUGAACAGCAGGUGGCGCUGCAUGCUUCAGGAACAGCUGUAUUCUGCUCACCUCCUGUUCCUUACACAAGCACCACUUGAACUUAAAACAAUCAUUCAUAAAGUUCGAAAAGGUUGACGUGAAUCACGAGUGUGUUCACAGUGGGCUGUGUUUACAUUAAUCUCAUGUCAUAAAAGCUGAGGUGCAAGAACAUUUAACCACUUACUGUACAUGACAGCGCUCUUCUUCGUAUUAAGCAUUUAAGUGUGCAGUUAAAAACUAGCUUAGAGCGCCAUCUGCUGUUAAAAACUAAGCUCAAGAUUCCAGAGAAUUGCGAUGCAUUCUGAAACUCUCAGAACCGAUCCAUGAAUGGGUUUAUCGUCGCAGCACUAGUUGCCAGGUCCACUUGAUGAACGAUACAUUAGAUUAGUGAUGUCCAUCUGUCAGGAGCGUGUGGAGCUCUCCACUGCCUCGACUCACGGCAUCCUGUGCGUUUAGAUGAAUGUGCAAUAUAAUGAAGACUGAACGAGGUCCACAGAUCAGACUUACGUUCAUACAUAUCCCAGCCAAAUCUUUGAAGUGCCUUCAGAAUGAUUUUUUUUAAUACGCGUAUAGCUGUUCAGCAAUAUUUCCAUAGGUUGUGUAAAACGGAUGGUUUGGGUUGCACUGUGUGAAUUUCAUGUAGAAAACUUGCAGGAUAUAUUUUACUCCAAAGUCAAAAGAAAAAAUAUACUUCCCAUAAAGAAAUUAAAUCUUUUAAAGGAGCAUUACGAUUUUUUUUUUUUAAUGCAAAAAAGUCGUCUUUUUUUUUUUUUUUUUUUUAAAGAAAGUCACUUCUCCAGAAACAAUGACUGAUUUUUAUUAUUAUUUUUAUAUAUAUAUAUAUAUAUAUAGUACUACAAAUACUGUAAUGCUGUACAUUUCCAAUUAUAUUUUACAAAUGCAAAACGUCUUAAUGGUCCAAAACUAGAUAUUUUUAACGUGGAAUAUAUUUCCUUAGUUGUGAUUUUGUGGUUAAAUAUGACCCUGAAGCUUUGUUCGAUUAACCCAUCAUCCUGAGAAUCGUGCCUUAUGUGCUUUUUAAUAAAGGGCUGCUUCCCGCUGCUAAACAAGUGUUAGUACUGUUGUUGUGAUGGCAGAUUUAAGCAUUGGCCCGUAUUUUCCUCUUCACAGACGGUCAGUCAGGUUACUCUGCAUGCCUCACUGGAGUUCACCAGAAAGCCUGGCGUCAGAGUUACUCUGUCAGUGUGAGUCUGCCUCGGUGUGUAGCGCUCCACGAGAGCGAAGCUCAUUCAGUGAUCGUCAGCGAGCACCAAAACGCUGAUGAGUCGCCUGCUAAUCCGCCGGGUCCAGAGUACAACCCCUGCCAGGACCUCGUGUCAUUUCAAUAUCCUUAUCUCACGUACAUCAGCAUUUUAAGAUGCCAGAUGUGAUGUGAUGUCUUGCUCCGCUGGCAUGCGUGUGAUUUAGCUUUCAGAACUGGAAGUCAUGGUUAAACAUUUUGCAAAACUGACGUGUGUGGAAACCUGGGACUAGACAGCCGAUGUUUUAUAACCAAAACAGUCAUUUUUUUUUUUUUUAAUUGCCUUGGGUUUUUAACUUCUUGCUUUUUCUGAACUCUCUGCCAGACUUGACCAAAGAGUGCCUUUGGAUACAAAGAUAUGUUAACUGGACUCGUGUAUGCUCACACUUGAGUCAUAGCAAUCACAGUGUUUCUGUUGUUAAAGCAGGACAGUGUCUAAUCAUUCCUUACUUUGAAUUCAUUGCCAAACUGGAUGUAAGGGAAGUGAAAUCUGUGCAAAGGCUGAAAUCACUAUGAGGUGUGCCACUGCUGAAUGGCGAGUGAUUGUGACAGUGAACCGCUUUCUGUUUCGUCUGUGUGUCUAUGGUGUGUGGUACUACAUGUAUACACUGGGAACUCGAUUUUUAUCAAAAAUGCUUUUUUAUAACCAAAAUAAACUGUGUAAAUGAACUAACCGUGAAAUUAUUUUAAAUUAUGCUGAAUAAAUGUUUAGACUCUU